ACACGCCGAGGACUCCCCAGACCCACCAACACCGCGCCACAGCGUAUCACACACUAAGCGUACUACGCAUCAGGUACAGUUUAGCACAGCGAACCCCCUGCAAAGACUGAAACUCCUGAGUCAGUCCAGCCCUUCUCUUUUGAGUACACAAAACGAACCAAAGCCAAGACCAAGUGCAUAGAAAGGAAAAAAAAAAAAUUGUAAAACUAAAAAAAUUGAAGAAGCUUGAUGCUGAUGAAGCGUACGAUAAUGUCCGACCCGAACCCGUACAGCACAGCAAACGGAUCCUCCAACAAGCGCUCCAAGCCCCCGCCCCCUCCGCUCACCGUUCCACAAGGACACGUAGCCUUCCGUCUCCUCUGCCACGCAUCGCGCAUCGGCGGCGUCAUUGGGAAGUCUGGCAACGUCAUCAAACAGCUGCAGAACUCGACCGGAGUCAAGAUCCGGAUCGAGGAGGCUCCAUCCGACUCCCCUGAUAGGGUCGUCACGGUGAUUGGUCCGACGAAUGUCGAUACGAGGAUGAGUGUGAGCGGUAGUAGGAAUAGUGGCAGCUUUGUGGAUAGAAAUGGGAAUGAGGGUAACGGUGAUGAUAGGGGGGAGAAAGAUGGGAGUUGUUUUGAAGUGUCGAAGGCGCAGGAGGGCUUAAUUAGGGUUUUUGAGAGGAUAUUGGAGGUGGCGGCGGAGACUGAUGGAAUUGAAAUUGGGGUGGUUUCCUGUCGCUUAUUGGCGGAGACGCACCAGGUGGGUUCGAUAAUUGGGAAAGGAGGGAAAGUAGUGGAGAAGAUAAGGAGAGAGACUGGGUGUAAAAUUAGGGUUUUGACUGAGAAUUUGUCUGCUUGUGCUGGUCCUAAUGAUGAGAUUGUGGAGAUAGAUGGAGAUGUUCUGGCAGUAAAGAAAGCACUCAUUGCUGUCUCUCGCCGUCUUCAGGACUGUCCUCCAGUUGACAAGACAAGGAUGAUUGGAAGCAAAUCUCAUGAGGCAGCUCCACUAGAAAGUUUACACAGACCUCUUGAGGUGGUACCCCAAGAGACUAUGCGCAGACCUAUUGAGGCAAUCCCCCAUGAUAUUAUACGCAGACCUCUUGAGGCAGUUCCACAAGAGAAUGUACGUAGACCUCUGGAGGCAUUUGCCUCAGAGACUUCACGUAGAUCUUUUGAGGCAGUUCCCUUAGAGACUUUGCGUAGACCUUUUGAGGCAGUUCCCCAGGAUACAUUACCUGAUCUUCGUAUAGAUCUUCUAUCUCAGCGAAAUUCACUGUCAAGUACCAUACCAAGUAGCUCCAUCAGUUAUGCUCCUGGAAUUCAUCCUGUGUCAUUAGAGGCUGACAGGAUCUCCACCCUGGACACAAAAAUGCAACAGCAGGAAGUAAGUUUUAGAAUCCUUUGUUCCAAUGACAAGGUUGGGGGUGUUAUUGGAAAGGGAGGCAACAUUGUCAAGGCUCUUCAGAAUGAGGCAGGGGCAUCCAUAACUGUUGGAUCUACCGUAGCUGACUGUGACGAAAGGUUAAUCACUGUUACUGCAUUGGAGAACCCGGAAUCACGAUAUUCUUCAGCACAAAAAGCUGUUGUCCUUGUUUUCUCAAGAUUAAUAGGGGCUGGAUUUGAAAAGGGACCAGAUUUGAGCUCAAAUAAGGGGUUUUCUGUUAUUGCUAGGCUUGUAGUUGCAUCAAAUCAGGUUGGUUGUUUGUUAGGAAAAGGAGGCACUAUAAUCUCAGAAAUGCGGAAGGCAACUGGUACUGGCAUACGUAUAAUAGGUGACCAGGUCCCAAAGUGUACCUCAGAGAAUGAUAAAGUGGUGCAGAUUUCAGGAGAGUUUCUAAAGGUGAUAGAUGCAGUGUAUAAUGUUACUGGUAGACUGCGAGAUAAUCUUUUUUCCAGCUCACUGAACAAUGCUGGAACACGGAACACUUCCUCUGUAUUAGCUGACACUAGUCCCUAUGGAAGAUUGAGGGAAGCUGCUGCUGUUGGGUUACCAUCAUCAGUUGGUGUUUCUCAUAGUGGUAAUCGACAUCCAAUUUUAACACAGAGUAUGGAUCAUAUUGGAUUUUCCCAUAGUCUAGAUCGUCCUUCUUCGCCAAGGUUAUGGGCAUCACAGGCAGUAACUGGGGCCUAUCCAUGGGCUAUAACAGAUCUUAGCAGAGGUCGAGCUCAUCUUAAAGGUGGCUUGGAACUUGGCAGUGGAAACAGAACUGCUAUUGUGACAAAUACAACUGUGGAGAUUAUAGUUCCUGAGAAUGUUAUUAGCUCUGUUUAUGGAGAGAACGGUAGCAAUCUAGCUCGUCUGAAACAGAUUUCUGGUGCUAAGGUAAUUGUGCACGAACCUCGUUCAGGUUCAACUGAUAGGAUUAUUGUGAUAUCUGGGACACCGGAUGAAACCCAGGCAGCUCAGAGCCUCCUCCAAGCAUUCAUCCUCACUGGACCAUCAUGACGACAUCAUUUUUUACCUUAACUAAAUAGUUUUCACAGGUAAAGAGAAGUCCAUUCUCUUGCCUGUGUUGUAGCUCACUUCAACUUUCAUUUUCACAGGUGAAGAUAAGUCUAGCUUGUUGCUUGUGUAGUACUUGAUCUUUGUCAAAGUGUGUACAUUAUUAUAUUCAUGCCAACCCUGGAAAGGAAUUCAAAUCACAAAUUAUAUUAUUAGUAUUUUUUGUAGGGAACUUUUAUUGUUGAAUAUUCAUCAGUAAUACGAUAUUCUGCAUUUUCAUUUCGA